UCAUUAACCGAAGAUGCAUCGAAAAGUGUAAUUCACCGUUUGAAAUGGGAUUACAGUGAUUUAAUAACGAAAAAUCGACAUUGUAAUGGAAAACUCGAUCGUUGUUUGUAAGGCAUUUCAAAUGUGCUAAUUCGUUAAGAUUAUUAGAGCUUUUAUAAUAAUUCACAUAAUGGCCUCAGCUAUGGAGCAACAACAGCAGCAACAGCAACAGCAAACCACCCUGGAGUUCUACCAGGCGAUGACUGAUUUUAAAAACAUGUUUCCACAAAUGGACGAUGAUGUGAUUGAGGCUGUAUUAAGAUCUAACCAAGGAGCUGUGGAUACCACCAUUGAUCAGUUACUUACUAUGAGUACAGACAAUGAAAACGAAAAGAUUAGAAGUGAAUUAGAACAAAACGAGAAAUCGCCAGGUACCUCUAAGCCACCCAAAGCAGAUUCAAACCUGACCCUGAGAAGUAUACGUAAAUGGCAACCCGCUUUACUAGGACCAUUACCAGAUACCUUUCUUAGACUUACACAGCAAGUUCCAGAAGAAAAUCUUGAUUUGUACUCAAAAGAGACUGCUAUGUUGGAAGAUGAAAGAAUUGCCAUGUUUCUUCAGAAUGAAGAAUUCAUGGCUGAAUUACGUUGGAACGAAGACUUCUUAUCAACCUUAGAAAGUGAUACAAAAAUACCAGGAACAAAUAUUGAGAAAUAUGGCCAAGGUGGUAACGAUGAUGAGGAUCUUUUCAAAGAAAGAUUAAAACACAUGGGCAAAGUAUCUCGACGCAAGUUUGCGCAACUUACAAAAGUGUUUACACGAAGUAAAAAGCGAGGAGGCAGGCAGUUACUGACACCGACAGCUUCUUGUGACGAUUUACUGAAUCCCGAGGAGUCAUCUAGAUCUCAGUCUUAGGAGUUUUACCGAUAUUCCCAGUUUUUAUUUAAGAAAGUCAGCUUCAGCAACUCAUACUUACAGUAAUGUGUCGUCCAAAAAUGAGGAAGAAGCAUAUCCGUAUUAACAUACUGAAACGGGAAAUUACAGGACAGAUUCGAAUGGAAAUUGAUUCGCUUAUAAAAAUUGUGUAAUCUAGAAAUCAGUUAGGAA